AUGGGUGAACAUUCCAUAAUGCAGCUUAAAGCAGCUGCAGAUCAACAAUUGAACAGUUUAGCACAAAAUUUUGUUGGUAAAUGGGAGUUGGAAAAGUCAGAAAAUUUUGACGCAUAUUUGAAGGAACUUGGAAUAAAUUAUUUUUUACGUUUAUUAAGCCGUGCAAUUCGUAACACUUUGGACAUCAGUCUUGUGAAUGAUCAAUGGCGAAUCAAAGUAUUUUCGACAUUUAAAAACUAUGAAAUAAAAUUUGUACUGGACAAAGAGUUUCAAUCAAAAACAAUUGAUGGACGUCCAUAUAAAUUUUUGUUUCAUUUGGACGAAAAUGGUAAAUUGAUCGAGAAGGAAACAAAAAUACGGGAUACUGAUAAAGAUUCAGUGAUUACACGUUGGGUGGAAGGUGAUCAGUUGAUUGUACUUAUGGAAAGUGGUGAUGUUAAUGCUAAACGAUUCUAUCGACGAAUUAAAUAA